AUGAGCUCGAUUUCUCGCGUUCUGGCAAGUUCGGAAGGUCCCGCCGUUGAUGACAGUCGGGUCCCUGACAUAACCGCCCACACCCCCGACGCGAACGUGAAUGACCAAGUCUCGCAGUCUUCGCCGAAUGACCCUGACCAGGCUGCCCCGGGAUCUGGCGACUUUGGUGCACCGGAGAUAACGGCCGCCAACUCAAUCCAAACGGAUGCCCAGGCACGCCGCGACUCUGAUGCGACUUUGGCAAAUUUAUUUGGCCGCAUGGAUUUGGGAUCGGGUCCUAGAUUCUCCGCCAUGACAUUGCCUUUGACACCCGAAAUUUACGUGCAAGGACCGUUUUCAGACCCUGUGCAACGUGCGUCUUUCGCCUUGCGUGUGAGUGAAGGUCUCCAAAACGACCAACACUCUGGUGAUGCUGCCGACAACCUGCUGACACCACCAGCCACGAGCCAAUUUGCCGCCCUAACCCGCCUCCAAGGCAUGCCGCACACUCCGUCUCCUCCACGCUAUGAUGGUUCAACUGCGUUGGUGAAGAAGAAGUUCAUCCAACAAUACCAAGAGUAUUGGUUUCAAUGCGCAUGCAUUGCCGACACGCGACGAAAUCGUAUUGCUAAAUAUGAUCUCCGGGAAUGGGCGGAGUCCACAUCUGAAGAGGAGUGGAUAACGAUUUCCGUGAAGGCAACGAAAACGAUCUGGGCAGCAUUGAUAUUGUCCGAGUUGACAAACAAAUGA